AUGAAUGGAAGAUUGCAUGAAUUAAAUAUAUAAACUUAAUAAUUCUUUACUAAUAUCCUAUCAUUCAUUUUAGUAUUAAGUAAUUUAUUGAUUGAUAAAUUUAUUUGGAUUUAGUUAAGAUAGCAAUCAUUCCAUCAAAAAAUUUAAUUAAAAAAUGCAAGUGCAAAAGAUAUUAUUAGUAAGUAAAUAAGUCAGUCCUCUUUCAAUUAAUUGUUAAUAAAAGGAAAUAAAUAAACUCUACUUAAAAAGCAAACAAAAAAAAAUUUAAUUAAUUAUCAGCAUUAAAAAAAUUUAAUAAAGUAAUUAAAAGAAAAGCAAAUUAAUUAACAAAAAAUGAGUUCAAACAGUUCAAGCGGUAAUUCCGGCUAUUAUGGAAGUAGUACUGCAGUUAAUAGCAAUAUAGCAUAAAAUGGAGGAAAAAAUAAUGUUUAAAAAUUGGGAGAGCAUAAAUAUACCACAAGAAAGUUUUUCGUACCUCCUGACAGAGACGACAUCGAUAUUCCUGAUGGCGAUCCUUUAAGAGGUGAAAUUAUCUAUAAAAACGGUUGCAUGGGUUGUCAUGAGUUAGAUGAAGAUACUUGUAUGGGUCCCUCUAUGCGUUGGGUCUACAUGAGAAAGGCAGGUGUUAGUAAAAACUUCAGAGGUUACUCUUCUCUCAUGCCCUCCGGCAAGUUCUACUGGAACAGAAAUUCUUUGGAUUAGUUCCUCGAAGACCCUGAAAAAAUGUUCCCUGAUACUAAUAUGGCUUUUUACGGUAUGAAGGAUCCCUUUGAGAGAGCCUGCUUAAUUGAAUACUUGCAUUACUUGAGAGUUGGUACAGAUGGAGCCUAACGUCAACCUAAAACUUUUGUUUUGUGA